UGCUAUACGUGUGCUCUGACAAUAACCUACCAGUGCUGUCGGAGAAGACUUUUUAUUGCAAUUAUUGCAUCGCUGUCUCUAUUAUCAACGUUUUCCUAUGGAUUUAGACGGCAUUGGAAUCAAUACAAUAGUGAGACACAGCACGCCGUUAGGCAUCACAGAGAACACGUCCGAGAAUUCAGUUGCGGGCGAUUUCAUUACAGGACUUUCUAUUUAGACAUUAAAAGGGAUGCACUGUAUGUCGGUGCCAUGGAUAGGAUAUAUCGUUUAAAUUUAAAUAAUAUAAACAAGACUAGAUGUGAGACGGACUCCCUCUCGUUGGAGGCCAACAAUGUGGGCUCCUGUGUCUCGAAAGGCAAGUCAGAGCUUUACGACUGUCGGAAUCACAUCCGAGUGAUUGAGCCCAUCGGCAGUGAUAGCAAUAAGUUAUACAUUUGUGGCACUAAUGCUCAUAACCCUAAAGAUUGGGUCAUUAAUGCAAACUUAUCAUUACUACCGACUCACGAGUCUUUCCCGGGCAUCGGGACCGGUAUUGCAAAAUGUCCGUUUGAUCCCGAUGACAACGCCACGGCCACGUGGGUUGAGAACGGCAACCCCGACGGCCUGCCCGGCCUCUACAGCGGAUCAGUUGCAGAGUUCACGAAAGCAGACACUGUUAUCUUUAGGACAGACUUAUAUAACCUGACGACAGGACAAAAAGUACAGCCAUUUAAGAGAACAGUGAAAUAUGACUCGAAAUGGUUGGACAAACCAAACUUUGUGGGCUCUUUCGAUAUCGGAGAAUACGUGUACUUCUUCUUCCGCGAGAGUGCCGUCGAAUACAUAAAUUGCGGCAAAAAUAUCUACUCGCGAGUGGCCCGCGUCUGCAAACGCGAUACGGGCGGCAAAAACAUACUCAACAAGAAUUGGGCCUCUUUUCUGAAGGCCCGUCUCAACUGCUCCAUUCCCGGGGAGUUUCCCUUCUAUUUCAAUGAGAUUCAAAGCAUUUACAAACACCCGGACGACAACAAAAGGUUUUACGCCGUCUUCUCCACGUCCAUGAAUGGUCUCAUAGGGUCCGCCAUUUGUACGUUCAGUCUCAACAAAAUAGAAGAAGUCUUUUUAGGCAAAUUCAAAGAACAGUCCACCUCUUCGUCCGCAUGGCUACCGGUGCUCACCAGUAAAGUUCCCGAGCCGAGGCCGGGCACGUGUGUCAACGACACCCAAGUGUUGCCCGACUCUGUGCUCAACUUCAUCCGCGGCCACCCGUUGAUGGACUCAGCCGUGUCUCAUGACAACGGAAAGCCUGUCUUCUAUAGACGUGAUAUUAUAUUCACGCGUUUGGUUGUCGACAGACUAGAAGUCGAUGGCAUUGAAUAUAUCGUCUAUUUCGGCGGAACCAACACUGGAAUGGUCUACAAAGUGGUCGAAUGGUACGACCGUUCGGGUGAAGUCCAUUCAAAUCUGGUUGACAUGUUUGAGGCUACAGUUCCCGAACCCAUCAGAGCUAUGGAAAUAUCAGGAAAACAUAAAUCACUUUAUGUUUCAUCGGAUUCAAUGGUCCGACAGUUCGAUCUCCUUAUGUGUAAACCGCGAUACGAGAACUGUAUUCGUUGUAUACAAGACCCAUACUGUGGUUGGGAUAGGGAUCACUCCGAGUGCAAACCAUAUGUGAUCGGCCUUAAUCAGGACAUUACAAACGCAACUCCAGGCAUAUGUGACAACAGUAUUAAACAUAAGCAAAUGAAAGCCAAUUGGGGGCAAAGUAUACACCUUCCCUGUCCGAUCCAAAUACCAGAUAUUGAAAGUAUUAGUCCAGGUCUGGGACCCAUUAAAUGGAUGUAUUAUAGAAGUGAUCGUUCGGGUGGUUAUGAAGUGUUCACCCGAAGGGACAAAUUUGUCCGCACAUCUGACAACGGACUCGUUAUUCUCGGUAUUAGUGACCGAGAAAACGGUCGAUACGACUGUAAAUUAGGCUCCAAUACUCUUUCCAGUUAUACAAUUACUGUCGACCCAAAAACAUGUAAUGCGCCGACGGAUACGGAAUAUCGGAAGAUAUACUCCGAUUGGUGCCAUGAGUUUGAUAAAUACAAACAAGCGAUGAAGGCCUGGCAGGUCAGACAAGCCAAAUGUCAAACGACUGGACAUCCAAAUGAUGUGUCGAACGGAACUCCAGUUUGACUUUCGUGUGUCUGCAGUGUUAAUGUGAGACUUUGUGUUACUAAACGCCAGUCUAUUCCUGAAUUGUGCUCAACAUUUGGUCAAACUAUACAUCGCUUAUCGAAAUCUACAUUUGUUUUCGGAUUAAAUAAUUUUAUGAAAUAUUGCUGUGAUAUAUGAUAUAUAAGAUGUCGUUCUCUAGAACUCAACCCCUCAAUAGACUACUGACUCAAACAGACUGUGCUUUUUGUAUAAUAAUAACCAAAGAAUGUCUGAAUAUUUGACUUUUUAGCAAAAAUCAAGAGCAAUACUUGUAUUCAUUUGAAUCCCAUUUCGACCACAAAGAGAUGCUAAUAAUUAUAUAGAAAUGUGUUUUAUUUGUGAAUAUUGUGUAUAAAUGAAUAUCUCAUCAAAUGUUUCCCCAUUUAUAUAUCAAAUACUUUUCUAAAGAAAUUUUGAACGAAUUGUGAAAUUGAACAUUUGGAUGGUUUUGUAAAUUGUCUCGAAAUUGCAAUCGAGAAUCCAUUUAUCAAUUAUAAAGAGUGCCAUCACUUCAACACUCAUACAAAUACUGGUAUUGAACAACAAACGGCAUAAAUGUUGUCAACGAUUAACAGAUAAUUUGGUUCAAAAGUGUCUGAAUAUGCAAUCAUAUGAAGCAAAAGAGAUGCCAAACAAUCAUUACAAUGGAAACGAAUAUCUAUUAUAAAUAUCUCCUUAACUGUGAUUUACAUAAAUAUCUUUUAUUCCCAAAUCUAGUUUUCAUCAAUUCAUUCAUGACUUAGGAUCACAAACAAAGAGUAAAUACUUUUAUUUAUUGAUAUAAUUAACAAAUACAACACUAAAUCCAAUUUUAAACAAAUCUUAAUUUUAUGUCAAAUAGUGUACAGG